AAGUCUUGCUUUGCGCUUGAGCUGGGCCCAAGCACAAGGGGAAGGAUUUUUUUCCUUUGAUGCCAGUUGAGAAAAGUUAAUAUUAAAGCCUAGUAGUGUAAUGUAUCCCAUGCUCAUCGAGAAUUAGCAAUUAGAAAUUAUGGGACUUGGCAGAGGCAAAAUUUCGAUGGCUCUGCUUCUCUUAACAUCUUCUUUUUGCGUAGAGAUUAUCACUGCCAUAGAUACCAUCACAUCAACGCAAUUCCUGAAGGAUCCAGAGGCUAUAGUCUCUAAUGGAAGUAUAUACACUCUGGGAUUUUUCAGCCCAGUUAAUUCCACCGAUCGAUAUGUAGGAAUUUGGUUUAAUGAAGUUCCUGUAGUGACAGCCAUAUGGGUAGCUAAUAGAAACAAACCUCUAAAUGACUCAUCUGGGAUUCUGGCCAUAUCCAAAGAUGGCAAUCUUGUAGUUUUGAAUGGGCAGCAAGAGAUUCUUUGGUCAAGUAAUGUGUCGAAUUUUGUUUCAAACUCAAGUGCACAGCUCUCCGACACAGGAAACCUUGUUUUGCGAGAUAACAACAACGAAGAAAUCAUGUGGGAGAGCUUCCAACAUCCUUCCGAUACAUUCUUUUCGAAUAUGAAAUUAAGCGCCAAUAAAAGAACAGGUGAGAAGAUACUUAUAACAUCAUGGAAAAGUGCUACUGAUCCAUCUAUUGGAAGCUUCUCUGCGGGUCUUAAUCGCCUAGACACACCUGAGAUAUUCAUAUGGAAGGAUAAUUAUCCGUCUUUUCGGAGUGGUCCAUGGAACCGUCUGGUCUUUAUUGGAGUUCCUUAUAUGAAUUCUGCUGCUGUUGAUGGGCUCAAUCUUGUAGAUGAUGGAGAAGGUACUAUUGAUCUAACUUUCUCUUAUGCUAAUCAGUCUUUUUUGUCGAGCUUUGUUUUGACUUCACAAGGACAACUAGAACAAACACGUUGGGAGCAUGGCAUGGAGGAUCGGAUUGUUCUAUGGAGUGUUCCAAAGUUUGAUUGUGAAUUUUACGGCAGAUGUGGCCUUUUUGGAAGCUGUAAUGCACAGGCAUCGCCUAUCUGCAGCUGUUUAAAAGGGUUUGAGCCAAACAAUCCAGAGGAAUGGUAUAGAGGAAACUGGACUAGUGGCUGUAUCAGGAUGAAACCAUUGCAGUGUGAGAGAGUAAAGAGCGGGAGUGAAGCUGCAGGACAAAAUGAUGUCUUUUUGAAGCUAGGUAAUAUGAAGGUGCCUGACUUAGCACAAUGGUCUCGUUUGACUGAAAUUGAAUGCAAAGAUAGGUGCUUGACAAAUUGUUCUUGCAUAGCAUAUGCGUAUAACUCUGGUAUUGGCUGCAUGUCAUGGAUUGAAGAUCUGAUUGAUGUACAGGAGUUUUCCACAGGUGGUGCAGAUCUUUACAUUCGAAUGGCGUAUUCCGAAUUAGAUGGAAACCAUAGGCGAAAAGUGAUUGUCAUAGUAAGUGCCGUUAUAGGAGCAAUCACCAGUGCCAUGAUCUGUGCUCUUUUGACAUGGAGGUUCACGUCUAAACAUAGAGCGAGAAAGGAAGGAGGAGAGAAGUUGCAUUCUGAUACGAAUGAAAAACAUCCAUCAUUUUUGGAUAGAGACAUGACUGGAGACAGCAUGGACCGUGUUAAACUGCAGGAGCUACGACUAUUCAGUUUAGAGAGUCUGACAGCUGCAACAGACGGUUUUGAUCUUUCAAAUAAGCUUGGGCAGGGUGGUUUCGGUCCAGUGUACAAGGGAAAAUUGUCAGAUGGAAAGGAAAUAGCAGUGAAAAGACUCCCAAGAGCAUCUGGGCAAGGGCUCAAAGAAUUUAUGAAUGAGGUUGAGGUAAUUUCUAAACUGCAACAUAGGAAUCUUGUAAGACUUCUUGGUUGCUGUGUUGAAGGAGAAGAAAAGCUGUUGGUCUAUGAGUACAUGCCAAACAAAAGCUUGGAUGCAUUUCUCUAUGAUCCUCUCAGAAAACAACUUCUGGAUUGGAAGAAGCGCUUCAACAUUAUCGAAGGAAUCUGCCGAGGUCUCCUUUAUCUCCACAGGGAUUCUAGACUAAGAAUUAUUCAUCGAGAUCUAAAGGCAAGCAACAUUUUGUUGGACCCAGAACUUAAGCCAAAAAUCUCAGAUUUCGGAGUGGCCAGGAUAUUUGGAGGCGAUGAAGAUCAAGCCAAUACCGUAAGAGUUGUUGGAACCUAUGGCUAUAUAUCCCCUGAAUAUGCAAUGGAAGGUAGAUUUUCUGAGAAAUCAGAUGUCUACAGCUUUGGAGUUUUGUUGUUAGAGAUUGUAAGCGGAAGAAGAAAUACUAGUUUCUAUGGGAAUGAGCAAGCUUUGAGUCUUUUAGGAUUUGCAUGGAAACUGUGGAAUGAAGGCAACAUUUCAGCUCUAAUAGAUCCAGCAAUAUCUGAUCCGAGUUCGCAGGUGGAAAUAUUUAGAUGCAUACAUGUAGGCCUAUUGUGUGUUCAAGAAUUUCCAGAAGAUAGGCCAACAGCUUCUACUGUCGUUUCAAUGCUGAAUAGUGAGAUUUCUUAUCUUGCAACUCCAAAGCAACCGCCAUAUGCUGAAAGGAAAUACCACUUCAAUGAAGAAAGACCCCAUCAAAACGAAGAAAAGUGUUCCAUCAAUUACGUGACAGUCACAGUUGUUGAUGGCAGAUAAUGAGUUCCCGUCACGAUUAUUUUUCCUGUAACAUGUACUAGUAGACAAUGGAUUAUCAAAGCUAAAAUGUGCAAAUGCUAAAUAUUUUUUAUA